AUGUGCCACAUUCUUCAUCCUGAAAAUGUUACGUCACUUUUUUUAUCUGACGAUGAUGAGACACCAGGUCAACUUGAGCUGUUUCUCUCUUUGUUUGACAUCUAUCAAUUUAUUCGACUUCGAUCACUAGCUGUUUUUUCAAACGAUGAUGAUAUUAUAGAUAAAAUUCUAAAUUAUGCAAAUCAUUGUUCACUUAUUUCACUAUCAAUUGAACGAUCAAUUCCUUCGAAUCAUCGAAGUACAAUAUUAAAUCUUCUAUCAUCGACUAUGUCACGAUCAACUUUACGAAAAUUCAUAUGUGCAGGUAAUUUGUUAUACGUCGACAGUUUUGAAUGGCCUAAAGAAUCCAAUUUGAAACAUCUGACAAUCGAUCAUUGUACGCGCAAAGACUUUUGUACUAUUCUUCGUCAUCUUCUCCAUCUUCAAACUAUUGUACUACGUCGUUUCAAUUUAGACAUUCAUACUGAAUAUGAAUAUCUUUCGACCACCUACCCGCAACUAACCUCAUUAACAAUGCAACAACUUUUCUUCUCAAUGGAUAAAAUCGAGUCGUUUCUAUACCUUACACCUUCCCUUGUUCAUCUAAGACUUGAAGGUUGUGCAGAUGAUGCUAUAUUCAAUGGUUCUAGAUGGGAAACAUUGAUUCGAACAACAUUAUUGUCACUGAGUCAAUUCGAAUUUAGUUUUCGUUCACAAAACUGUCGUGUCGUUGAAUUGAGUGCAACUCAAUUUCGAACACCAUUUUGGCUGAACGAAAAAAAUUGGCCUGUUCAUUGUAUCUACGAUUAUCCGAAGGAAGAAAUUCUUCUGUGUUCAACACCAGAUGUUUUAACAGAACUUGAAUAUAAUUUCGUCGGUCCAGUUGUUAUUUCUAAGACAAUUCAAAGUAUUUCCAAUGAACAAUCUAAUCAAUUCUUUUUUCGUCGAAUAGCCGAACUUGAACUAUCUGAAUAUGCAUUGGAUUCCUUCAAUUAUUUGUCGGAAUUGGUCGAUCUUUCUCAAGUCAUAAAACUUCGAAUUCUACUUUCAGAUCGUGAAGAAUACUUUCCAAAAACACAAGAAAAGUUGAUCAAUCUAUUUAAAGAAACAAAUCAUAUUCGUUCACUUGAAAUAUUUUUUGAGCCUACAUUUACUAUUGAUUCUGUCUUAUUGGAGAACCUUUGUUCACUGAUACCGCAUCAUGUCAAACAUUUGGAUAUCGAAGCAAAAACAUUAACCGACCUAUAUUUGGUACUUGAACAAUUGCAACACUUGUCGAGUAUCACAUUUCGAAGACUAACUUUGCCAUUGUAUUCACUAACUGAAUGGGAUACACUGAUGCGACGACAUGUAACAUAUCGAUAUCAUGAAGGUUCUUUACAUAUUUGGCUUAAUAAAUGA